UUUGGAGAUUCCCUGACUCCAUCUAGAUGUUCAUGAAGCUAUCCUCUGGCCUUCCACAGCUAACUGCUUACUGAUCAAGGGCGAUCACAAGCUGCAGGCGUAAAUUCAGCUAGCGUUCUGAAGCUGCCAGCAAUAUGGCGGUGGUCCUGGAUGCUUUGGCAUCCUACAUCCAAAACAUGCUGACACAGAUGGCGAAAGAAGAGGUGGACAUGCUGCUUGGGGUCUCCGUUGAGAUUGACAACCUUGGCGCCAAGCUCGGGGACCUCAAAAACUUCCUCGCUGACGCUGACAGGAGGAACGUCACCGACCGAAGUGUGCGGGCAUGGGUGAGGGAGCUCAGAGACGCCAUGUACGACGCCACCGACAUCCUUGACCUGUGUCAGCUCAAGGCCUUGGAGCGAGGUUCGUCAUCAUCCCUGGCUACGGGGUGCCUCAACCCCUUGCUGUUCUGCAUGAGGAACCCCGUCUUCGCCCACGACAUCGGCAGCCGCAUCAAGAAGCUCAACAAGAGGCUAGACGCCAUCAAGAAGAACAGCGCUACCUUCAGCUUCAUCAACCUUGGUUCCUAUGAGGACCGCGGUGGGAAGGCGGAGACUCCAUCUCGCCUCGCCAACCGCGAGACCUCGGCGCAGCUCGACCGGUCUAGUGUGGUUGGCGAGCAGAUUGAGGUCGACACAAGGAAGCUAGUGGAGAUGCUAACAGAAGACCCUGGAACGACCACUGCUACCCAUGACCAAGGUACGGUCUUGGCCAUCGUUGGCAUUGGCGGAAUUGGCAAGACAACCCUCGCCCAAAAGGUCUUCAACGACGACACCAUCAGCCGUGUCUUCACCAAGAAGAUUUGGCUGAGUGUCAACAAGGACUUCAGCGUGGCAGAGAUCCUAAAGAGAGCCAUCAUCGAAGCCGGGGGAGAUCACCAUGCAGCUGGCAAUGCAAAAGCCACACUUCAGCGGACGCUUCAGAAUGCCUUGGAUGGGCACAAGACUAUUCUGGUCAUGGAUGAUGUUUGGGAUGACAAGGCAUGGGGCGAUGUUCUUAAAACGCCAUUUGUCAAUGCUGUUGGUGGUGGUAGCCGAGUCCUCGUCACCACAAGGCAUGACUUGGUUGCACGAGCGAUGAAAGCCAGGGAGCCCUACCACCACGUCGACAAACUUGACCCCAAAGAUGCCUGGUCCUUGCUCAAGAAACAGGUAAUCAGAAAUGGAGAUAAUGAACCUCUUAUUGAUAUGCUAGAAGAUAUUGGAAUGAAAAUUAUAGAAAAAUGUGAUUGCCUGCCACUUGCUAUCAAAGUAAUGGGAGGACUCUUGUGCAAGAAAAUGGCAAGACGAGGAGACUGGGAAAGGGUAUUGAAUGAUGCGAUAUGGUCAGUAUCAGGAAUGCCCGAAGAGCUAAAUUAUGCAAUCUACCUUAGCUACGAAGAUUUGCACCCUUCUCUAAAACAAUGCUUUUUACACUACUCCCUCAUCCCUAAUGAGAGCACAGUGUUCUUCGUCGACGACAUUGUGAGCAUGUGGAUCAGCGAAGGAUUUGUGGAGGGGAACUCUGACGAAUUAGAAGAAUUAGCGAUGGAGUACUACAAUGAGCUAAUAUUGAGGAGUCUUAUAGAACCAGAUCUUCUGUAUGUUGACCAAUGGGUUUGCAACAUGCAUGAUGUAGUUCGCUCAUUUGCACAGUAUGUGGCAAGAGAUGAAGCACUUGUAGCACGAAAGGGGCAAAUUGAUGUUGGUGAACUCAACUCAAAAAGGAUCAUUCGACUAUCACUGGAAUCUGAGGAGUUAGAAUGGAGCACUCUGCAACCACAAAAAUCACUAAGAACACUACUAGUAGCUGGGCACAUAGGGAUUACAGUUGGUAACUCACUGGGUGCCUUUCCAAGCCUACGAACCCUGCAUAUAGACUCAACAAACUUUGAUGUAGUGGCUGAAUCACUGUGUCAGCUCAAACACUUGAGGUAUUUCUCUGUCACAGACCCUAACAUGUCUAAGCUGCCGGUAAACAUUGGAAAUAUGAAAUUCUUGCAGUAUAUAAGCCUUGACAGCUGCAAAAACCUGGCUAAGCUUCCUCGUAGCAUUGGAAAGCUACAACAGCUUAGGUAUCUUAGCCUAAUGGGAACAAAUAUACACUUCAUACCGAGAGGGUUCUCUGUCUCAACUAGUCUGAGGAAGCUCUUUGGGUUUCCAGCCCACAUGGAUGGCAACUGGUGUAGCCUGCAAGUGUUGGAGCCUCUUUCCCGGCUCAUGGGCCUCUCUAUAUAUGGUCUAGAAGGUGUGUCUUCUUCCUCCUUCGCCGCAAAGGCUAGGCUUGGUGAGAAGGUGCAUCUUAGCUAUCUGGAGUUGAGCUGCACCAGUAGACUCAAGGAUGACACGCAACUAGUCAAAGAAGAUGAUGAAGGCUUCUCUGAGGAAGAGCAACAGCGUAUUGUGGAAGUGUUUGAUGAGCUCCGCCCUCCACCCUGCCUAGAUGCUCUUGAAAUUGAAGGGUUCUUUGGGCGGUGCUUCCCAAGGUGGAUGGGACCAAUGGCAGCUGUACCCCUUGAAAACCUGCGGAUCCUAGCGAUGGAUGACCUACCUUGCUGCACUGAGCUCCCCAAUGGCCUGUGUCGUCUGCCGUGCUUGGAGUUGCUUCAAAUCUGUCGAGCAACAGCCAUUGAGCGUGUCGGGCUAGAAUUCUUGCAGCCCCAUCACCACCAUACACACCAGUUGACUGAUGUGUUUCCUAGACUACACGACUUAACCUUAACGGAAAUGGUGGAAUGGGAGGAAUGGGAGUGGGAGGAGAAUGUGCGAGCCAUGCCAUUGUUGGAAGAGUUUCUUCUAGAGAGCUGCAAGUUGAGGUGUAUCCCUGUUGGCCUUUCUUCCCACGCGAGGUCCUUGAAAAGGUUAUAUGUACAUGACGUACAACACCUCAGCACCCUGGAGAACUUUGCUGCCGUUGUUGAGCUUGAAGCAUAUGACAACCCCGACCUGACGAGAAUUGCUCAUUUCCCUAGGCUGUGGAAGCUAGACAUCUCUGGGUGCCAAAAGCUAAAGGCAUUGGAGGGGUUACCUGCACUCGAGAGGCUUGAGAUGACAGAUUACAACAUGGUGACACUCCCUGCUUACCUGAAGGAUGUCAACCCAAAGCAUUUGCAAAUAGACUGCACCUUACCACUGUUGAGUUCCAUAGCCGCAGGAAAAUCUAGCCAUGAGUGGGACAAGUUUAAUCAUAUCCGACAAGUUAAGGUAUAUGCAAAUGAUGGAGAUAUUGAAAAGAAAUGGUAUGUGUUGUACACAAGAGAUCCUUUCAAGUUGGAGACAAAUGUCGUCAACAUCAGAGAAUGGUGACAAAGAUGCUCCAAGGAAGGGCGACGCAACCUGGAGGGCCUGGUGGCGCGACCGGCGGUGGCCGGUGGGCGCGACUUGGAGGGCCUGGCGGAUGCGUGGCUCCUUACGCGCGCAUUGUGCGAGGCAGCAGGUGGCCGGCAUGAGAGGAGCUGAUGGCCAGAAGGGAUGAGGUGGUGGUCGGGCAGGGCAGGGAGAAGGAGGAGGAGAGAAGAAGAAAAUGGCUAGCUCUAUACCAUGUGAGAAAUCUUAACUCUUACUAGCCUUGGAACUUGUAUUAAUACACUAAGAGUAGCUGGGCUUGGCCCAUUACUUAGAGGUAUGCACGCAAUUACAAGGGGACUAGCCCCAAAAUCCUAACGAAGUUCUAACACAUGGGUCCUCAAAAAUACAUCAUACUCACGUAAAAAAAAACUCGACCUAUGGGGCUCCCAUGCUCCCUUAGACUAGCUCCAGCAGAUCCCCUAUGAUAUCCUCUAUCUCAUCUCUUAUUUCAAACUGUACUUCGUAAAUAGUGUCAUCUAUAAUUCUGCGUUCCCCAUUUUACAUCUGUUGAAUACAGUCUUAGAAAUAUGCUUUAGCAUAGGACAGACAAACGGAUUUUUUUAAACAUAACCUAAAAUUUUCUCCCACGAGCAUCCAAACUCAAGAUCUAAGUAGUGCUACUCAGACCAGCUAACAAACUCGGGUAGAGGCCCUUUCGCACGGCAUACUCAAGUAAAACUCAAUUUAUGGGAAUAUGGGAUGAUAGUAUAUUUGUGAAUUCAUUUGUAUCGGAAAAUUACUUGAAUUUGAAUUUAUAGCUGUCAGAACUCUACAUUUGAAUUUUCCACAUUUUAGCUUACUGAUGCUGC